CUAUAAUUAUGUCAAAUGAAGAGAAAGAUACUAAGAUAACAAUUAAUGAAAAAGAAGAAGAGGAAUAUCAGCGUUCCUGCAUGAGGAAGAUCUCCCGGAUCGUGGUUCUAAUUUUGAUUGGACUCCUUGCUACCUGCUAUUAUAUAUUUGUGGUGGAGCUGUGCAUAUUCACUGUACAGUUAUUAGAGGCAAAGGUGACUUUCCUGGUGAUUUUCCACCUUUUGUUCCUCCUGUGCGUGUGGUGCUAUCUCCGGACUGUUAUGAUGCCUCCCGUUGUCCCUCCUGAAAAAUUCCGCCCAUCGGAGUCUGACAAGCAGCUGUACCUGAGCGAUGAGAGGCCACAAGUGCUACAGGAGAUCCUCAUUCGUAUGGCUAAAGACUUGCAUAUUAAGAAGGCUGUAAGGUACUGUACCACAUGCCAUGUGAUAAAGCCAGACAGGUGCCACCAUUGCCCAGUGUGUAACGUCUGUAUACUGAAACUGGAUCAUCACUGCGGAUUUCUAAACAACUGUGUGGGAUUCUCCAACUACAAGUUCUUCCUCCUCGCUGUGAUGUAUGGAGUGCUAUUGUGCAUAUUCACUAGCGCAGUGUCGCUUUAUUGCUCCAUACUAUUCUGGACUCAUCAGCUGCCCAACAGCCCAUCCAAAGUCCCUAUCAUUGUGCUGUUCAGCCUGACCACGUUCUUCGCUAUAAUGCUAUUCCGACUUUUCCUUGAUCAUUUCGAACUGGCUCUAAGGAAUAUAACUGAUCGGGAGGACAGUGAUAACACAGAGGAGUUUAAUCCCUAUAACUUGGGCUUCAGCAAGAAUCUGAGAGAAGUGUUUGGCAAUGAAAAGAAAUACUGGUUCCUCCCAAUCUUCAGCAGCUUAGGAGAUGGCUUCUCAUUCCCAAUGGGUGAGGCCACAAUGGACAUAGAGAAAAAUGCUGCUAUUGCUGCCAAACCCCCAAGUGAGUCCAACAGUCAACUACUGGAAGUGAAAACCACCCAGAAAAGUUAGAAGGGACUCAUGUAGCAGAGCAUUUCUGUUAUUUCUGCAAUCAGUUAUGAGGAAGUUGAUGGGAUUCUGACUGUGGAUGUUGCCACUUCUCCAAGGAAAUCUA